AUGGACGGGAGGCGUACAAACCACAAAGGCCGAGCAAGAACCACGAACCAGAUGAGCAAGAAAAAAAAAGAAGAGCACAAAAAGCAAAAAGGCCAGACCAAGCAAGUCUGGACCGUGUGUGGUUGGAUGGAUGGGAUUGAGUUUGCGGUUCAAUGCGGGCGAGUCAAAUGA